UGCUAUUCAUCAGUAAAAGGACCUUGUCUCAUGAUGCCUAUGUGCAAGAUGUUGUGGUUCCUGGUUUGUGCAAUUGGUUCUAUCUAUGGAUAUAUAAAUCUAGCUCUCCAUAAACCAACGGAACAAUCAGACGAAUAUAAUUCAUGGGAAGGUAAAUAUCAAUCCGAUAAAGCAGUUGACGGCCAAAAGACAAAUCUCAGCUUUGCUGGACUACAAUGCACAAUAUCUAAGGAUAAUCAAACAACCGCUUAUUGGUGGGUUGAUUUGGAAACUAUCCACAGUAUACACGAUAUCAGAAUUUACUACAGGACUGAAAAUACACUAUGGAAUGCAUCAAAUGGCUACACAGCAAGAUUUCUAGGAUUUUCUGUUUUUGUAUCCAACACAACGAGUACACCUGGAGGUCGUCUUUGUUUUCAUGAAACAAAUUUUAGCAGAGCCACGAUACCAGCUGUCUUCAAUAUAACGUGUCCUGUACAUGGACAAUACGUGAUCUAUUAUAAUGAGAGACCACAGAAGUCACAUAGUUAUUCCAAUGAAUUGUCCGGAUGGGCACAUAAUGAAUUGUGCGAAGUGGAAGUUAAUGGAUGCAAAAAGCUUGGUGUCUAUGGAUCUAAUUGUUCCAUUAAAUGCCCUUACAAAAACUGUCGUUAUUGUCAUAUAGAGACGGGAAGCUGUCAAGGAUGUAAACCGGGAUAUCAGGGUCAUCGAUGUACAUUGCCUUGUAGUCCUUUUUCCUACGGAGAGGCAUGUAAGGAAAAAUGCGGAAACUGUAGUGGGAGCAGUGCAUGUCAUCAUAUCAGCGGAAACUGUAAAGACGGGUGUGGGGUCGGUGUUUAUGGAGAUAAAUGCAAAACAACGUGUCCAUUUGGUUGGCAUGGGAAGAACUGUUCUGAUAAAUGCAGUAACUGUGAUAGAUGUGACCGAUUCACAGGACGGUGUACGUCUCCGUGUCACGUAGGCUGGAAAGGACAAUUUUGUACCGAUGCGUGUGAUGAAGGAAUGUUUGGACGGGACUGUGCAGAGAAAUGUGGAGCCUGUCUGGGAUAUAAACAAUGUAAUCACAUCAAUGGUUCUUGUAUUCAAGGCUGCGACGCAGGAUACAAGGGAGAACUUUGCGAAAACAAAUGUUUACAAGGAACUUAUGGUAAGAACUGUGAAGAUAAAUGCAGUAUAAAUUGCGGUAUACCCGAUACAUGUAACUGGAUAAAUGGAAGUUGUACUGGAGGGUGUAAGCCUGGUUGGGAGCCUCCACAAUGCAAUACAAGAUGUACCAAAAAGAAGUAUGGAAUUAACUGUAGUCAGCCUUGUGGUAACUGUCGAAAUUCUUCUAAAUGCGACCACGUCAAUGGAAGAUGCCCAAAUGGAUGCGAAAAGGGAUUCAAAGAACAGAACUGCAAUCGGGGUUGUAGUUUUGAUACUUUUGGGUUUGAUUGCAUGGAAAACUGUAGCACAAGCUGUGUUAACAAGACAUGUGACUCUGUCAGUGGGUAUUGUCCUAAGAUUAAGUUUACCUCAACGACGUUCAUAAGUUACAUGCUUGGUUCAGUCAUUGGAGGAAUCUCUGGACUCGUUAUUGCCUGUAUUCUUAUAGUGGUUCUAAUUCUGGUCUUCAGAAGGUGCAGCCUACAUGAUGAUGGAAGAAGAACAAUUCAAGGACCUAAUCAGUCCGUGAAAGAAAAUAGUGAUAGAGAUUAUUCAAUUGAUUCAAAACAUCAUCCCUCAACUGAAUAUAGAGGAAGCAAACAAAGAGGUAGCGGGAAAGGGAUCAAUUUCAAGCGCAAGAUCAAAGGUGAUGAGGCAGAUGUGGAUGAAGAUGAACUGAUUCACUCGGAGAACCCUUAUGGAGACUUUUAUGCAAAUGAAACAACAAUUCGAGACACACCUCUUAAUCAACUGGAGUCGGUUAUAGCUGAGAAAAGAAAGGAUAAAGAUGACGGGUUUCAAAGAGAAUACGCUACUUUGCCAUACGGGGAAUUAUACAAAUGUGAUGAUGGAAAAAGAGAGGAAAAUAUGGUUAAAAACAGAUACAAAACUACGUUCCCCUAUGAUCAUUCUAGAGUAAAAUUGAGAACAAAUUCAGGAUCUGACUACAUCAACGCAAACUAUAUUGAGGGUGCAGAGUGGGAGAGAGAGUACAUAGCAGCACAAGGUCCAAAGCAAAAUACACUUGGAGAUUUUUGGACGAUGAUCUGGCAAGAAAAUGUGACAUCUAUUGUAAUGGUGACGAACUUAAAAGAAGGAACUAAAGUGAAAUGCAACCAGUAUUGGCCAGAGGCAAAUAAAACAACCGAUUUCGGUGCGGUUUCUGUAAAGUUGAUAGAAGAAAAACAGUAUGCAUUUUAUAUCGUGCGACGGAUGAGUGCUAUGAACAAUGAAUCAAAGGAAUCCCGAACGGUGACACAAUUCCAUUACACGGCCUGGCCAGACCACGGAACUCCUGAACCUCUCUGUCUUGUUGUCUUCCUAGAUCACGUGACCAGAACAGGAUCAAAUCAAAAUAACUCUCCAAUAAUCGUACAUUGCAGUGCAGGAAUUGGAAGAACUGGGACAUAUAUAGCCCUGGACGCAUUGAAAAGAAUUGGGCAAAAACGAAAGAAAAUAAACGUAGCAGAGUAUGUCAAGAAGAUGAGAGAAAACAGGAUGAAUAUGGUCCAAACAUAUGAGCAGUACAUGACAAUUUUCCUUGCAUUGAAUGAAAUAUUUAAGGCGCCAGUAAACUGCAGUAUUAUUGAAGACUUUACAAAAAUAGCCGGAACCAUGACGAUGGAUGAACCCGCCAAUCAAAGUGCUUUACGAAAAGAGUUUCAGCUGUUGAUGAAGGUUAGGUCUAUUUACACCGAUGCUGACUUUAAGAUUGCUAAAGAGCAUUGUAGUGAUGCAUUUGGCACCGAAGUAUUGCCAUUGGAUAAAUAUAUUGUUUAUCUUUCAACACCUGUCACGAACCGAGGAAGUUUCAUCAAUGCGAUAUACGUACAGUCAUUCACCAACAGUUGGGCCUUUAUUGUAACAAAAUAUCCAUCGGAAGGGGACGUUGUUGACUUCUUGCGCCUGGUCUGUGAACAAGAGUCCAGUACUGUAAUUUGUAUGGACCCCCUGCGUGAGAUUAAAUCGAGUAAGGCGUGGCUACCAAGUCAAACCUCCUCCUCCAAUUCGGUGCCUCCUUUCACCAUCCAGUUUCAAUCAAAAACUGAGACUGACGUCAGCAGCUCAAUUGUUCACAUCCGGCAGAAAAAUAGUAAGAAGCCUCAGACAGUGACGAUAAUUGAGCCAAGGUCUAGCAUCAAGACUUCUGGAACACAUUUGGAUACUUCCCAGCUUCGAAGUCUGGUUUCUGUUGCACUAAGCGUGGAAACAGAAAACCCUGUCAUCAUUGUCAGCAGCGAUGGGGCUGCCCUUUGUGGUGCAUUUUGUGCUGUACACAACGCUAUUCAACAAAUUAACAUGGACGCAAACGUGGAUGUUUUUACAGCAGUCAGACAGCUUCAAGUACGAAGACCUGAAUUCUGUUCCAGUCUCGAGGAAUAUAGGCUUGUCAUCAAGUCCGUGAAUGAUCACAUUCAGCGAGGCUCUGAAAACAUAUACUCUAAUCAAUAGAAAACCAUCAGUAAGGGAUUUGGAAAUAAUAAUGAUUAACUACAAACGUCAAUCACCAUUCUUAUACUACAUUGACGAAAAACAUUGUACAUUUUGUUUUAUACAUUAUAUUUUUUGUAUGCUUAAAGGAUCCUAAGUUAUAAUGUUGCUGUUAUAGGGCUUAGUUUUGAGCAAAAAAAAAUCAAUAAGAUAUCUACGUGUUAUAUUGUAACGUUUGCAGUCCUUAAUAUAGGAUGAACAUGUUUUUUUUGUAAAUUUGAUAAAAGUCAUUGUUAUUAUUCUUGUCAUGUCAAACUAUAUAUUUGAAAAAAAAAUACUUUUUACAUCAAUGCUCCAUUCGAUCUGCCCAUAUAAGAAGUUGUUUCAAUUCAUGAUUUUAUCUUAUGUCAUUGCAUUUUGGGUUCAAGGUUAUUAUUGCACUUUCUACAGAACAUAAAAUGUACAGCAGUCAAUAUUUCACUCCUAAUUUGAAAACUUUGUUUGAUCGCAGCUAGGUUAAGGCCACCCAUAGUAAAAAUUGGCUCACAUAAAAAAUGUUACAUUCUCAAGAAAAACACGUGAUAUUCGACUUGAGUUCUGGUUUUGAAUUUCCUCUUGAAAACGUAUUUUUUCUUUCACAAAUCAAAUUGAAUAAAAUUUCACAAAUAACA